UCGAAGAACGUGCUCAUCAGCACUACUAUAGCUAGCCGAAGGGGGUAGUCGUCGAGCGCAGCAGCCGGACGGGAGAGCAUAGGCCUCAUGCAUAUUAUGCGUGCCAGAAAAUCAAUACUCGCUCGGGGUGGGGCGUUCAUGUUCACUUGUUCAGCUGUAGCAAGGGGGUGAGUCACUUCUCGGCAAGGGUCGCUAGUCUCCCCCUUUAAAUAUUGAGUCACUCUCGUCUCUCUUCCAACCUGAUAGACACCGCGACCGCCGACGAUGUGAUGCUUGUCGGGCAGAGCGGUCAGUAAGGAGACGAUGGAGGAGAUGGUGGGCCCUUUGCUGGACCCAUCACAGGCUCCUAUGAGUCACGGUUGCGAAGAUCACUGGACGUGGAACAAGCAAGACGCUAGCCACGAGAUCCGGCUCCACGGGCCAGGCAACCGAGUGGUGCUGUUCCACCCCAACUGGAGCAGCGGAACGGCGGGGGUGCGCGGCUGUCGAGUUCUUAACAACGGGCGCUACUAUUGGGAGGUUCGGCUUUCACACAGGAUUUUCGGCACUAGCAUGAUGGUUGGAAUUGGCACGGCCAGAGCCAGAUUGCACGCCGACCGAUUCAUCAACCUUCUUGGGGAGGACGAGCAAGGGUGGGGGUUGAGCCACAAAGGCCUCUUGUGGCACGGAGGUCGAUGGUCCCCGUACACAAAGCCGUUCAGAGAAAACGAACCGACAACCGUGGGAAUUUUGUUUGAUGGCGUCGCGGGCACCCUGAGCUACUACAAGGACGGACGGUACUUGGGGGUGGCGUUUCAGGGGCUCGACAAGGUGGCAGAGCCCCUGUUCCCCAUCGUGUGCUCCACUGCGGCCAAGACCGAAAUGACGCUCUCGAUAAUGAAGAGAGAUUUUGUUAGUUUGCAGGAUCGGUGCAGAGCUGUGAUUGUGACAAAGAUCCUGGACUCGAUAAACUGCACGCCAGAGUUUCCCGAGCAGGACGAUAAGGCGAUAAAUAACACGGCAGCUGCAUUCGGCGAACCCCUCGAGCAGCUGACGCUGCCCUCCUCUCUGAAAGGGUAUCUGGCCGAGACGCUGAACAUGUCAGUGCACCAUAAAAUGACUGAGUCCUUCUCCCGCAAGUGGCACCACGAGUCCAGCCCCCGACUCACACCCUCCAAUCGCUGCUGAACUCAAA